GCGAAGGUCACGGCAGCGCUGGGAAGAUGGCGGCGGGGGCCGGGGGCUGCCGGAAAUGUCUCAUCAGUGGCGUGUGGCUUAUAUCCAGAAGAUACCCAGUCCCUGCAGUCCCUAGGGGUACAGUGUAUGGACUGGGCAGGCCUGGUUCAGAGAGCCAGCAGUCUAGAUGCUACUCUACUCGAGGAAGAAAGGGUUUCAUAUCAGGUUUUGUGGAGAACAUCAAACAGGAAUUAGCAAAAAACAAGGAGAUGAAAGAAAGCAUUAAAAAAUUUCGAGAUGAAGCCAAGAAGCUGGAAGAGUCAGAUGCACUUCGAGAAGCAAGGAGGAAAUAUAAAACCAUUGAGUCUGAAACUGUGAAGACCUCAGAAGUGAUUAAAAAGAAACUUGAAGAAAUAACCGGGACAGUUAAAGAGAGUCUGGAUGAAGUCAGCAAGAGCGAUAUUGGCCGCAAGAUCAAGGAAGGUGUGGAAGAAGCAGCAAAAACUGCAAAGCAGUCAGCAGAGUCGGUGACAAAAGGAGGGGAGAAAUUAGGCAAGACAGCAGCCUUCAAAGCUAUUUCUCAGGGAGUAGAAACCGUUAAGAAGGAAAUAGAUGAAAGUGUUUUAGGGCAGACUGGUCCUUACAAACGCCCGGAGCGACUACGAAAAAGAACAGAGUUCUCAGGAGAGAGGAUUAAAGAGGAACGAAUAUUUGAAGCUAAUGAGGAGGCCAUGGGUGUAGUGCUGCAUAAAGACUCCAAAUGGUACCAGCAGUGGAAAGAUUUCAAGGACAACAACGUGGUCUUCAAUAGGUUCUUUGAAAUGAAAAUGAAGUAUGAUGAAAGUGACAAUGCCUUCAUUCGAGCUUCCAGAGCUGUCACAGACAAAGUCACUGACUUAAUAGGUGGAUUGUUCUCAAAGACAGAAAUGUCUGAAGUUUUGACAGAGAUACUCAGAGUGGAUCCAACCUUUGACAAAGAUCGGUUUUUAAAGCAGUGUGAGCGUGAUAUCAUCCCCAAUGUCUUGGAGGCUAUGAUGUCUGGAGAGCUUGAUAUCCUCAAAGAUUGGUGCUAUGAAGCAACUUACAGUCAACUUGCUCAUCCAAUCCAGCAAGCCAAAGCCAUGGGGCUCCAGUUCCACUCCAGCAUCCUUGACAUUGACAACAUUGAUCUGGCUAUGGGGAAGAUGAUGGAGCAGGGACCAGUGUUGAUCAUCACUUUCCAGGCUCAGGUGGUGAUGGUGAUUAAGAACCAGCAGGGGGAAGUGGUGGAAGGUGACCCGGAUAAGGUUCUGCGGAUGCUGUACGUGUGGGCCCUCUGCAGGGACCAGGAUGAGCUCAACCCCUACGCUGCCUGGAGGUUGUUGGACAUUUCCUCCUCAAGCACUGAGCAGGUUCUCUGAGCAGAACCACAUCCAGUGACUUCCUGUACCUCUUCUUCAGCACCACCACCUCCCAACUUGCACCAGUCUGCCCUACGAUGGACCCUGGGGGAAAGAGGAGGAGGAGGAGGAGGCUGGGUUGAUCCCUUUUUAGAAGAACUUUUGGGGGUUCCCUCUGCUGAACUGGGGGGAGUCUGAGGUCUCAGCCUUAUGCUUUGCUGUGUUGUGUUGCACUGUAAGGGUGUCCUGGGGGUUCCAAUGCAGAUGGUCUGAGACACAA